GCAGCCAACUAAGGUUCAGGUUGUUUCAUCACAAGACAGACUCGCGCCGCCGCCGCCGCCGCCACUCGCGUUCGCCGUCAUUGAUGGAUAUGUGCUAGACCGCGCCAGACAUGGGCUUCGCCGCGUGGACACUCUUGCUGGUGGCGUACGUUUUGGUGUGGUCGCCCACGUGUGACGCUUCAGACUGGCCGGUGCAACUGGGCAUUCAGCUCAUCAGAGAAAACGUGGCUGGACUGCCGGUGGUGCACGACAAACAGAGUUUCCCCUUCAACCCUGACGAGGGCUUAGUGCGUCGCGACCUGUUCACGCGGACCUUUGGCUUCCGGGGCGAGAACCUGAUUAAGGCGUUAGGCGAGGGCGAUGGAGGGUACGCCAAACCGGACGACGGCCAGCGGACACCCUACUUGCCCUUCAGGACGAGGCAGAUUUUCAAUGGACUUGGAAAAGACGGACGAUGAGGAAAGUCUAAUUAAAGUGCUUCAAACUCGAUUCUGGGAAAAAAAUUGUAGCUCGGAAAAAAAAUUCACUGCCUAACUUAAUAAAUUUAACUUUCUUAAACAUUGUAAAUUUGAAGCUUGAAAUAAUCACAUUUUUCUCCUGACUGAAGUGUUCCUCAAAAUCGUCUUGGUUUGUGAUUGAUUACUUUCGCCAUGGGUAUGUCUGCCAAACUGUAUACGUCCUGCGCAAUGGUAAUUUAUUAUUGUAAAACGCAAUUUAACAUUUCAUAAAAACUGGAGAAUGAUAUAAUUUAUUAUUGGAUACGCUUCUCGAAUGAUGUGAAAGGUGCCACCAGUUGUAUAAUCGCGUAAGCAAAUAUUGCGACCGCGAGAGCAGAAGUGAGUUGGGAAACCUUUGCUUGAACAACGAGGAGUGCUGCUUGAGUGCAGGCGAAUCUGGAAACUAGGUGGUUUGUGUCUAGAUUGUAAGCAAAUAAUAAUGCAAGACUUCACUUUGGCGAUGCAUAUCUAGAUAUUAUAUUGAAUUGUGCUAAUUUUAGGAAAAAAAUUGAGAUUAAAAUUGAUUAAUAA